AUGCCACCAAAGGACAAUAAGAAGAAGAAGGAUGCGGGCAAGUUGGCCAAGAAGGACAAGGACAACAUCAACAAGUCUGGUGGAAAAGCCAAGAAGAAGAAAAUGAAAGCUACUUAUGACAAGCUGUGCAAGGAGGUGCCAAACUACAAACUCAUCACACCUGUUGUGGUCUCUGAAAUGCUGAAGAUUCGAGGCUCCUUGGCUAGAGCCGAGAUCCAGGAGCUUCUCAGCAAAGGCCUAAUCAAACUGGUGUCCAAGCACAGAGCCCACCAGGUCAUCUACACCCGAAACACCGGGGGGGGGGGGGUGAUGCACUAG